AUGAAGAUUGACGACAUGUCAUGGUCAGAGAUCUGCGAGAAGCUAGAAGAUGUGCUGUCGGGCACACGGCAAGCAACUGAGCUGCAAUGCAUAGUAGAUUCCAUGCUAUUUGGGCUAGGGAAAAACAUGAGACGAUGUGGUGUGAAUGUGUUGAUUCCUGAGAACAGACAUGAUCUGAAAUGUAGAGCUAGUGAUAACGACAGGAUCAUUCUCACCAGUGGAAAAGCUUUCGAUGAGCUUAAGCAGUUAUUUCCCUCUCGUGUCUUGUGUAUUCCGAAUGUUUGUUCCUUGAAUCCGAUCGAGCAAUUGAAAUAUGUAUUCACACGGUACAAGGUGUCGCUUUCAAAUCUGGACGUGUUUUCACGUUGCAUGGAGUGCAACGGUGUUUAUUUUGUAAAAGCGCCAGGUCCAGUGAUUCAAGCCCUUUUUGAGAAUGUCGUCGUGUGCCGAAGUGGUUUUCAUGACGAACUUUUCGACUUUAGGGGAUGGUCUGAGCGACUGGGUUCCGUUGAUCCACGUGAAUAUUCUGGUGUCGGCUGUCGAUUAGUAUUGUGCAAAAAGAAGUACAUGGUUGUGGAAUGCCAUGGAGGAACUGUUGACAUUAUAGCCAACAUCGUGACCCAUGAUCAUCUCGAAGAAGGAGUUGAUGUCAUUGUUCGACGGGUACCCGAACAGGUUGUAUCUCGGCCAGGGAACGUUUUCUUCAUAUGUGGUUCCUGUGGGAAGGUGUACUGGGAUAGUGACUCGCAUGUGACGUAA